UUGAAGCUCCGAGUGGAACAAUGGUUUGCUCUCGCUCCUCGCAGAAUUUGUGAAUAUUCGGUGGAUUUAUGAGAGUGAAUUUAUUAGAAAAAUAAUAUAUAGAAAGUGGAUAAUCAGACCAAAGCCUCAAGUGAAGGAAAAAAAGUGUAGAGUGUUUAGUGUUUGUGUAAAUUGAGUGUGAAGUGGUGAGUAAGGCAAGCUUGGUGGUAGUGUUGUGCGGUGUGUGUAAGGUUUUCCUCUGGGUUCUCUCUCUUCUGGAGGAUGUACAGCCUUACAGGACCUCUUUUAUAACGGCAGGAUCCACGCAGCCCAUACACGAGACAUGUAUCCAGCACCUAGACCUCCUGGAGCGGGCCCGCCAGCCCCCGCGGCUCCGGGCCAGCUCAAGUUCACCAUCGCGGAGACCUGCGACAGAAUCAAGGAGGAGUUCAACUUCCUGCAGUCACAGUACCAUGCGU